AUAGAAUCAGUCUAUAUUGUUCGCUCGUCAAGUUCUAAACGUCGAUCUUUCACUAAUAUACAAUUUAUGGUGUACUAAUUAAGAAGUUUUGGGUUAAUCAUAAAACACAACUUUAAAGUUAUGCAUUAGCAACUAUUAAUUUUAAUCUAAAUUAAAUUAAAUAUCAGUUUCAUAUUAAUGAACCAAAGUGGAACAAAAUAUAUUCAGCUUAGGUUUUGUUAAGUUGUGAAAAAAAAUAAAAGCGAAAUUAACAACUGGUUAUUUAAAUAAUACGUCUAUAAUUGACCUCAAUAACGGCAGAACAGACAUGGAAUCUGUGAACGCAAAGAAUACAAAAAGUUCCCCUGGAAAUGGCUUAUCUUCAAGAAAAGGCAAAUCAAAAAAAUCAAAAACGAAUGAAUAUGAUAACCAGAACAUAAAUAUGAAAAAAAGUUUUACCAAAUUUGAUGAUCUUCAAAAACGUAAUCUUAUCCAUGUACGUUCCCGAGAUUCUAAAAAAGCUCAAGAACUUUUCCGAACUCCAGUAGCUGAACAGCUUGACAACUGCCGUCAAUGCAAAAAACCUGUUUACAUAAUGGAGGAAGUCAUUCUUCAAUUAAAGACGGGAACGAAUAUUUUCCAUAAAACAUGUUUACGAUGCAAAGACUGUGGAAAACAACUAAAACCUGAUAGUUAUAACGUUCAUGAUGGAAACCUAUUCUGUUCUAUGCACUUUAAAUUAAUUUUCGCACCCAAGAUAGUCUAUGAAGAAAUUACUCCUCGAAAACCGGAACUUAUAAUACGUGAAAACCAACCAAUAGAAUUACCACCUGAUGUCGCAAGAGCAUCUGAUAAACCAAACCUUGGGCUAGACGAACUUCAACAACUAAAUGUACGCUCAAAGUUUGAAGUAUUUGAAAACGGGUACAACGGACAAAAUAAUCCCUUACAAGAACGUCAAGAUACUGCUAUUAAUUUUAGCAAGUCAAUAAAGUCCACGCUAAGCAAACUUCAUAAGCUCGGGAUACCAAAUGUGGAAUCAGGAAAAUUAGAUGAUAUUAACAACAGUGGUGAUAAUUAUUUGAUUACGGAAGACGAUAGCGAUAUGGAACUGUUUUGCACCAGAAAGGAUAUUGAAAGGGAAAGACCUGUGGGCUUAGGAGAAGCAAUGAACGAUAUAAGAUCGAAAUUUGAGCAAGGAGAAACGAUAAUACGAGAGGAACGUCGCGAAGAAAGAAAACAGGAAAUACAGAGCAUUAGAUCCCGUUUGUUUUUGGGUAAACAAGCUAAAAUAAAAGAAAUGUACCAACUAGCUGUUGCUGAAUCAGAACAGUGCAUUUCUUCGGUGGGUAAGACUCCAGAUAUUAAUGUCAUUAAGCCCACUCAAUUAAUAAAGGAUCGAUUUGAGAAUGGCGAAGUUUUUAACGACAAAGGAGUUCAACUGAAAGAAGCCAUUUGUGGUGUGCAGAAAGAUGCGGACGUUUUUGAAUCUGCCAUAAGUAAAGCAUCACGAAGUAUUUUUAUGGAGCUUGAUGCAAAUAUUACUUCCAGUGUAAGCAACAACCGGAUGCAAAAUAACCGUCCUGAUAACAAAAUUCAAAGUCAUAAUCAAUUGUGUCCAGAGAAUACUGAUGUUGACGUUAUCAAAUCCGACUCAAAGCCAGAUGAAGUUAAAGUUACCACCGAAGAGUUAAUAGAAAGGUUCAAAUUUUUCGAAACAUAUUUGCCUGCUGAAAAUAAAAAAAAACAAUUUCGCAUGACACCACCACGUGAGGGUGUUGUUAAGUUCCCAACUCCGGAUUCCGACACGGAUAGCUCAAAUCAAUCGGCCCUAUUUAAUGAUAACGUUUUACAGAAAACUAAAACAACGUCAACAAUUUUAAGCAAGUUUCGCGAAAUGGAAGAACAAAAAAUGAAUGAUGAAAUCAAGGAAAGGAACCCGAAACCAAUGAAGUGCUUUACUCCACCACCUGAAAUCGGUAACAAUUUCAAUAGAUCAGAAUCUGAGGAGGAAAACGACAGUGAAAGCGAGCAGAACAGUGAUGAAGAUGAAAAUGGUUUUGAAAAUAUUCCCCCUAACUCAAUUAUUAAGGAUCAGUCGCUUUAUGAGGCUCAAAAUGCAGCUCGUGCUAAGCAACUAAGAGCGAAGUUUGAAAAAUGGCAAAUAAACGAAAUAGAACGCGAGCUUAACGAAGGACGAGUAGACGAUUAUUCACAGCUAGUUUCAAACGAGUCCAUUGAAAGUGCGAAAACUAUACGGGAGCGCUUUGAAAAAAUGAAAACCUCUGACACUCAUCUGGAGAGCAGCCCAAAAACUCAAAUAAACCGUUUUGUUUAAUCUGGUGAAGAAAUUUCUCCAAAAGCAUAUGUCUCGGAAAAAGAAGAUCCCCCAGAAGCUUCGAAAUGAUAUCUUAUAUUUUAUGUAUCUUAUAAAAAUAAUUUUUUGACAUUUUAAACAUUUUAAAUGUGGCAAAUACAAUAUGGUUAUAAUAUUUUA